GGGACGAUGCCAUUGCUUCUGCAGCUUCUCGUUUUGUUUCAGUGUCUGUGUACCAAAAAUCAUUUUCUUCUUGCACAGGGACGGGUACAGGCAACGGCGGAGAAUGUUGCAGCUGCCCGUGAUCAUGGUCACGGUGGCGCAGCUGGCGGGACGCCCAUCAAUUCGUUUGCCAACCUAUUUCCGGGGUUUGGAGUCGGGCAAGAGCCAGGAUAUAAUCAGCAGCAGCUUGUUUUUGGCGGGCCAGCUCCAGCACCGACUCUUGUCGGAAACGGACAAGCGUUUCCCUUUCAACAGCACCAGCUCAACCAAAUUCCGCUGCAGCAGCAAACACCUGUAGCUCCUGCUGCCGCAACAGACGCUGUCUUUCCGCUCCCGACUGUCGGCCCCUCCGCCACUGCCUUCGCUUCAACAUCGAC